UUAGCUUCCGCGUGUAGGGUCAAAUGUGAGAAAAUAAUCCGUGUGAAAAUGGAAGGGAAUGCGGCUCUUCCAAACAUCUUGUGGGAAAGCAAAGCAGGAUAUGUCCUGAGUAAUGUUGCCGAGGUCGUGGAAAGGAUUUUGACAUUUGUGCCGACUAAAAAUCUCUUCCGGAUCGCGAGUGUGUGCAGGCUAUGGAGGAAUUGUGCACGCAGAGUCCUGAGGACGAGGCAGAGAUUUACCUGGCUCUCCGCCUCUGGAUCAUCCAUAUAUGAAGAGCAUGUUUUACUUAGAACUAUGGCACAAGAUUUGGAGAAUAUCUGUCUGCUGCCCCAGAUAGCUCUCUUAAUGGUAAAUCAUGAGAACUUCACAGGGGCUGUUAGUCACAGACACAGGAAAGCCAGGAGGUGUGAGGAUGAAGUGGACUCAGAUCCUGUUGAGAAGCUGAGACGCUUACUACCUAGCAGUUGUGAAGUAAUAGGCGUAGUCGCACCAGGAAUUGUGGUGACCCCCAGUGGAUUACCCAGCAGCCCCCCACAGGAGCACGAGGAGGGUGAAGCUGGCUUCAGUCUGCUUUUCCCUGCCAUGGACGGGGUCACCAUCCGCCUUUUCCACUUCUGCAAAAAGACCCUAAGUGAAACUGCAAUGGAGGAAGCAGGGUUGAUUAAUAACCCUGAUCUAAAGGUGGUGCUGAUGUUCGACUACGACACAUAUAAAUCUGGAGGUGGACGCUUUCUUAACAAGCUUCUGAAACCUCUUUCCCAAAGUAAUGUACUUAUUAUUGGAGGACAAGUUGAGGAUGUAUUUUCCAUUAACAAAACCUGCUGUUCUCCAGGCUCUUUUGGAGCAGUAGGACUAACCUUCAGUGGCUCCAAGAUCCAGGGUGCCUCAGUUCUGGUGGACCAGGACGUGAACAGCCCAAAAGCAGCAGAAGCCACUAUCCAGCGGCUGAAGGCUGCUAAUAUCCCAGAGAGAAACACCAUGGGCUUCAUGUUUGCUUGUGUGGGCCGUGGCCACAACAGCUACAAUAACCAGCAUAACGUGGAGGCCGACGCCUUUCGGAAGAUCUUCUCCAACAUUCCGCUCUUGGGAUUCUUUGGAAACGGGGAGAUCGGCUGCGACCGUAUUGUCAAAGAGAACUACACGUUGAGCGAGACGGAUGCUGAUGGACUACAACACUCUUUUACUACAGUCAUGAGUCUGGUGCAUUUUGGCUAACACAGCAACUAGAAAAUCAGCUAGUUCACUUGGUGUUUUAGGACAGACACCAGCUGCUUGUUUAAGCAGUUCCGAUGUUGAUCAGGUAUAAUUCUUCUAGGUUCUAUUCCUUGAUUUCUUUUUUUUUUUGUCUGUAAAUCAGGAUGUCAGAGGGACAUUUAGCAGUUGUUUAACCUCAUAUUUACAAGACCCUGCUUUGAGCUAAAAGUGGCAGGUACAACUGUGUCAUCAGAUUUGGCAUCAAAACACUAAUUGGGAAAGUGACAACCUUGUUCGUAGCUGCAAUUUUAGAGCACGCUAAUUUUGAUGUCUGAAAACACUCAAGUGUCCACUUACACCAUGGUUUGGUAAGAUCAUUACUUACAGAAUGGUUGUGAAGAACCGUUAGAAUUUAAUUUUAAUGGCAUGGUGCUAAACCUUGUCUUUUGACUUCAGUUAUAUGUGCAACUCUCUUUUGUGUAGAGCAGAGCUGAAAUCUGUCAGAUGAUCAGAUUUAUUGUGGGUUGUACGGCUCACUCAGGCCUUAUAUAUAGAUAAAUAGUUUGUAAACGUAUUCAGGCACUUUCGAAAAAAAUGAAAAGCCAAUUGUGUUGGAAUGGCUAACGAUGGAGCUGUUUAUCACCCUUGGUAUGGAUGAUGGAAAUUCUACUAUCUUCACUUGUGUUUUUACGUGUGGAAUAUCGCAAAAAUAUUUUGGGUUAGCCCUAACCCUAAUUUACACAUGGGAUUUCACAACAAGUGCCAAGAAACUACAGAAAAAGUAUUCACAAUGGAUCAUCAUAUGGAAAGCUUAACCUUAUUUAUAUACCGUACAAUAGACUUGCAAGCAGUUUGAAAUGCCCAGAUCAGAGUAAUAAAGGACAGAAGUGGAAUUUCUUUGUAAUGCAUUUGUGCAUUUACUCUGCCUGUCCCUAUCAAAUCCUGUAAAAUUAGCAGGGUAAUCCUCCCAUUUCUGUUUCAGUUUAGUUCAUGUUAAAGGUUAUUAUUUUAUUCUGUGCACUAGUUAAAUAACAGUGUUGAUCACCGAUAAGAGCUGUUUGCCUGUGGAGAUCUAUUUGUUGCAAUAUUUAGAAGGUUGAUUCAAACAUUGCUGUUGCCAAAUCUCUUUUGCCCCCUAGUUUUGUUCUGGUCAGAUACAUAAAACUUGGAUUUUGUCUUGCCUUUUCUUUAAGGAAAAUACCAUUUACUCCUGCCAUGUUUUUAAUGGCAGUGUUUUGAUUUAUUUUUUCUUCUCUCUCAAAUAUCUGAAGUCUAAUUGAUCUGACAGGUAUAUAAUAAUGUAUAUAAUAAAAUCGAUGUCAAUUAAAUUGCAA